UUUACACACCCAUGUCGGGGCGCAGGGAGACAACAUCACAAAGGAUGUCGUGUGCAGCGAUUCAGCUAACCUGUAUGAUACAUGCGAACGUAAUCCGAACCUGCACGUCAAAUACAAGAGCGAGAAGUCGACGUGCGUCGACGACAACCUGGUGGAUGGCAGCGGCAGCGACAGCGACUGGCACGCGGGUAUCUCGAAACACUCGAAGAAGUCGGACCGGCGCGGCGACGACAGCGAGCGACGCGGCGUGAAGUCGAUGCGUCGAGUGCGCUGCCUGCCACCGACAGACCGACUGCGCGACCUGCGACUUCUGCAAGGUACGGCGCUACCUGGUGGACGAACGCGGAACCGUCGCGGAGCAAUCCUGAGUUGUGCGACCCUAACCGUGACUGCAUUGCCGAUCGCGUGGCCGGUCAGAUUGCAGAGCUCUGGAGGUACUGGACUGCUUGUACUGCAUCGCCACAUAAUGACAUUCCUUCUCGCAUUUAAGGACCAGCUGGGAAUCAACCGCUGGAUGCACUACCGCGUGUUCUACGCGCUGUACCUGCAUGAGAACACGAUGACGGAACACACGCGGUCAGACAUCGCGUCAACGCUGCACGGGAGCAACAAGGGCCAGCAGUGCAUCAGCAGAUACGGGUCGGUGCAGCAGAAUGGCAGCAAGAUAUUCCCGAAGAAUGUCGAUUGUAGGACGGGACAUUCCCUUGCCUACGGCCCCGCUGGUAGAAGGUACAUCUAUGCAGCCGGUUUAUUUAUUUAAGUCCGUGGGCUGCGUGUGCCUUCGCUCAGGGAUAGCUUUCAGACCUAGUGCCUUCUGUCUUCUCCUGUCUGACCGCCAGCGGCUAUCACUAAAAACCCAUGGACUGUAAGUAUCAUCUCACGUGCACGCACGCACAAUGCACACACAUGCACUCGCUCU